AUGGCACACACAGCUCACUCGCUACCAGACACAGCAUCAGUCUCGUCACGGACUCUCGAGAUUCUCAGCAAAGAGGGGAACCUCCCGAUCUGUACGGCGUGCGGGACGCAAUAUGGCUCGGCAAGAGAUACCUGUAUGAUAUGCGAGGAUCCUAGACAAGCUGUACCGCCCACGGGCCAGACAUGGACGAGCCUCACGCAGCUCAGCUCGUCAAGACGGAAUACGAUACUAGAGGAUACGGAUGAUCAUAGGGUCAAGUUCAUUGGGACCGAGGCGGGCUUUGCGAUCAACCAGACUCCUAUCCUCCUCGAGACCGCCGAGGGCUCAUACAUAUGGGACUGCUCCGCCUACAUCUCCACCGCACUGAUUCAUUACCUCUCCAAGGAGCUCAGGACCCCUCUGCGUGGUAUAGCCAUCUCGCAUCCCCAUUUCUUCUCCACCUCGCUCACUUGGUCUCGCCUCCUCGGCGUACCACUGUACUUGAACGAAGCGGACAAGGCGUGGUAUGUCCGCUUGGACGAGAUUGGAGAGGGCGAUAAGGUGGUGUGGUGGACUGGAGAGAGGGAGAUCGGGAAGGGCCUGAGGUUGAUACAAUGCGGAGGACACUUUCCCGGUUCAUCCGUUCUCCACUGGGAUCGCCUGCAAGAACCCGCACCUACCGAUCACCCGACCAAGCGCACGCCCGUAUCCGGUCUUUUGCUCGUGGCGGAUACGGUGAUGGUCCAGCCUACUCAGCGGGGGUUUACAUUCAUCUGGUCUGUGCCGAAUAUGAUACCCCUCGGCCCCAAAGACGUCCGAGCAAUCCAGCACACCCUCGCCUCCCUACCCUUCUCCCAAGCCACCUCAUCCUGGCCGAAUAGGUUUAUCAGAGAAAACGCGAGGGAGAUACUGUCGCAGAGCGUGGCGUCGCAUCUACGAGCGAUGGGGUGGGAGAUGGAGGGGAAGGAGGGGGAGCUGGUACCCGCGUGA